AUGUCGGUCCCUCGCGAGCGCCUGCUGCAGCUCCUGCAGACGCGAUGUCGAAUCUUUGCCACAACCUACAACCCUGAUGGUGUUCGCAUGGGCAACAAGAUCUUGCGACAAAGGUUACGAGGCCCGGCGCUGGCGGCCUACUACCCGCGGAGGAUGGUCGAUCUGAAGGACCUCACAAAGGAGUUUGGACCGGCAUUGGAAUUUGUCGACGAGGAUGAGGACGACCGACAAGAUUCACUCGCUUUCUUGAAAGCCCGUGGAAAAGGCGCGCCGAAGAAGAAGAAGGGUCCCCCAGAUACCAAAGCGAAGAAGAGAUAG